CAGGAUGGACCAAUGGCAUGGUACAGUGAUACAGCCGCACUGCUGGGCACUGGGCUCGGAUCCCUGGGUACCGUGCAGCCAAAGCCAGCGUGAGGGGAGGCCUGUGGCCGCCUCAGCCACACCUCUCCCUCCUUCCACCUCUCCGUGGCUGCCCUCACACCCCACCACCUGUGCCCUGCCCGUCCCCUGCCGCUGUUACAGUGUGCCAGGGCUGGCGGGGAGGCGGAGGCAGGCGGGGGAAGGAUGGAGGGAGGAGCACUCCAGUGAUGCUUCAUGCUCACAGCUCCAGUCCUCCCGAGAGCCCAACCUGGCGAGCUCCUUCCUUUCCCUCCGCCGUCCCCGGCUGCCGGCAGCGGAGGAUGCUCGGAGCAUCGCUUGCACCGCCGGCCUGCUGACAGCAGGAACCCUGCCGGGAGCGGGCUGGCGUCCUGCUGGGCCUGAGCCGAUGUGACCGGGCCCGCGGGGCUCUGCGGAAGCAUGAAGAAGAUCUGGGUGAAGAAGCGUUUCCAGACUGGCCACUCGCGGCGCUUUGGGCGCUUCACGCAUGUUUUCCGCUCCUGCAGGAAACAAAGCUACGACUCGGAAACAGGCGAGGAUGAACCCAGCGACCCCCAGAUGACACAGCACAGCAAUCUCCAGGAUGAGACAGCCUUCAGCACCCCCACGGGUGGGUCUGACACCCUGGUGGACGCCUCCAUGAACACAACACCAACCUCGGUGCUGGCCCUAUCACAGGCAGAGGAGCGCUCCAGCUGGUCAGGCAGCCAGCAGACCGUGGUGGAGAAGGAGACCGAUGCCAGCCUCUCUGCGCGGGGACCCUACCUCCGCCCUGUUGCCUGGCAGCAGCCGCAGGGAACCCCAAGGCAAGCAAAUACGCUGGCCCCACGUGGCGCCGAGGUCCGGCACUUGGGUGUGGAGCCUCUGGUGCGGGCAUCACGGGCUAAUCUGGUGGGCACGAGCUGGGGGUCAGAGGAUAGCCUUUCGGUGGCCAGCGACCCGUACGGCAGCGCCUUCAGCCUGUACCGAGGACGGGCGCUCUCGCUCCACGUCAGCAUUCCCCAGGGGGGCUACCGGAGAGAUGACUCCCACAGUGGUCCAGUCUCUCCAAAACCUGGUGCUGAAGCCCCGAGGUCCCCUGCUGCUCUGCCAUUGACCACCAAGCCACCCAUCGUCCGCUCACCAUCUCCCCGUGCUGUCCCGUGCCUGCCACUGCCCACUGGUGCCACAUCUCAGCCUGCCACCCGUGGCCCUGGCGUCCCCUCCUACGCAUCCCUGACCCCCCGCAAGAAGUCCUCAGUGCCAGCUGAGUAUCAGGACACUGUUACUGAGGAGUACGAGGAGAAGAUCAAGAAGCCUAAGUCCUCAGGAUACUCCCAGGGCAGCACACAAGAGUCCCGUCCCCAGACACCCAUGAGUGACACCUCCGGUCGCAUCUCUGUCAGGGCAUCCCCCAAGCUGGUGCGUGCUGGCUCUAAGAUCUUCGAGAGGCUGCAGUACUUUGAGGAGCGGCGGAGGAGCCUGGAGCAGUCGGACAGCCCCUUCCCCACACACUCUGGCCUUCCCUUGCGCAAGACACGCUCCUUCGACCAGCCCGGCUCCGGCUUGCGCCGCGCCAGCACACCGGGCGGCUCCCGGGAGGACGUGCGGGACCGCUGGGACCCAGACAGCUCGGCGGCGUGCCGGCGUUUGGCCUUCCGGCAGAAAGCCGCAUCCUUUGAUGAGCGGGGCAAGUUUGCUGGCCGCGUCUACGCCAUCGAGCACAAGUUUGCGGAGGAGCUGAGCCGCAUCAAGCGGACAGUCUCCAAGCAGCAGCUGCGGCGCUCCCAGGAGCUGUGCAAAGCUGGACUGCCCCCGGCGCCCUCUCCCCCAGUCACCACGGAGCCUACCACCCCCCACGCCCCUCGCACCCCCCUCUCGCACAGCGCUGGUGGGCGCAAGGCGCUGCCUCCGAAGGCCGUCCCAGCAGCGGAGAGCACACAUGUCAUCCAGCACCUGGCGCUUUCCAGCGUGGCGCUUGUGGGACCCGAUGGGGAGCACGAGCCGCGGGGGCAGCGUGGGAGGAAAGCGCCAGCACGGGGCAGUCCAGCAGCCAGUCCGCCCACCGAAGCAGAAGAAGCAGGUGCCAGGAAGGGUCUGCAGCAAGAAGGCAACAGGGAAGUGAAGAAGAAGGAGCAAUGGCUGUUAACACAAGCCACUCCACAGGGACGGGCAGCCCUUUCGCAGGCAGGUCCCGCCGAAGGCAGCCCACGCCUGGACGGGGGCUCCACCGGCGAAGCCCGUGCCCCUGGGACAGUGAGUGAAGCCCUGGCCGCCCGGCUGGCUGUGCCCCAUGGGUUGUACCGGCGGCCAGAGGCGCCCGUGGAGGUGCGGUUCCUGCCCUGGGCGAAGCCGGGGAUGGAGCAGGAGGCUCGCUUGGAGAGGAGCUGGGCAGGGCAGCAUGGCGUUGGCAGGGAGGUGGAGAGACGGCAGAUGAAAGUGUCAGAGAAGAAAGAAAGUGGCCGGACAGUCCAAGAAGGCAGGAGCACACGGAGCAAGGGGAAGGGGCGUCGAGCCAGACCUACCUCUCCGGAGAUAGAAUCCUCCGAUGAUUCUUAUGUCUCAGCGGGUGAAGACCCCCUGGAAGCCCCUGUAUUUGAGAUCCCCAUCCAGGACACGGCGGUGGCUGUGGGGGCAGAGGUGCUGCUCAAGUGCAUUGUCACGGCCAACCCCCAGCCAGAAGUGUCCUGGAGGAAGGACGGGGUCCCGCUGCGGAGCAGCACGGCGCGGCCCAUAAAGGCGGAGGGCGAGCGGCAUACUUUGCUGGUCAGGAGCGCCCGGGUAGCCGACGCUGGCCUCUACACUGUCACCGCUGCCAACGAGGUGGGGGCGACCUGCUGCAGCGCCAUCCUCAGCGUGCGGCCCGCCCCCGCAGUGGAGCGGUAUGGGAACUUGCCCCCCCCCCUCCUCGGCCAGGCCAGCCCCAUCACCUCAGAUGAGGAGUACCUGAGCCCCCUGGAAGAGUUCCCCGAGUCUGGCACUCCCCAGCACCGACCAGCCAUGAAGCUGCAGCCUAGAGCUGAGCAUGGGGCUGCUCAUGGCUCCCCGGAGAGUACCUUCAAGGCUGCACCCACCUUCGAGGUGUCCCUCUUGGACCAGUCUGUGCUGGAGGGGCAGGAUGUCAGCAUGACCGUCUGUGUCCGUGGAGAGCCCAAGCCCAUCAUUUACUGGCUGAGGAACCGGCAGCCAGUGAAGUACGGCCGCCGGCACCAUGCAGAGGAGGCAGAGGGAACGCGGGGGUGCUUCACGCUGCACAUCCUUGCGGCAGAGCGCACCGACACCGGCUUCUACACCUGCAAAGCUGUCAACGAGUAUGGCACCAAGCAGUGCGAGGCCAAGCUGGAGGUCAGAGCUCGCCCCGAGUGCCAGUCCCUGGCCAUCGUGGUUCCCCUGAAGGACGUGGUGGUCGGGGCGGGGGAGCUGGCACUCUUUGAGUGCCUGGUGGCUGGCCCGCCAGACAUGGAUGUAGACUGGCUUUCCCGGGGCCGGCUGCUCCAGCCCGCCCUGCUCAAAUGCAAGAUGCAUUUUGACGGGCGCAAGUGCAAGCUGCUGCUCACCUCCGUGCAUGAGGACGACAGCGGGAUCUACACCUGCAAACUCAGCACUGCCAAAGACGAGCUGACCUGCAGUGCCCGGCUGACAGUGCAGCCCUCCGUGCAGCCGCUCUUCACCCGCAAGCUGGAGGACGUGGACGUAGUGGAAGGGCGGACGGCACGUUUGGACUGCAUGAUCAGUGGCACUCCUGCCCCAGCAGUCACUUGGACCCAUUUUGGCCAGCCAGUGCAGGAGGGGGAGAACGUGCGGAUCCAGCGUGAUGGUGGGCUGCACUCGCUGGUCAUUGUGCACGUGGGCAGUGAAGACGAGGGGCAGUAUAUGGUGACUGCCAGGAAUGCCCAUGGCCAAGUGGAGUGUUCUGCUGAGCUCUACGUGGAAGAGCCACGACCGUCUGCCACUUCUCAGAUCUCCAAGCUGGAGAAGAUGCCGUCCAUCCCAGAGGAGCCAGAGCAAGCGGAGACUGAGACAGAGUGCUUCACUAUGCCCGACUUCCUGAAGCCACUGCACAACCUGGAUGUGGUGGAGUCAAAGGAGGCUGUGCUGGAGUGCCAGGUGGCUGGGCUGCCCUAUCCCUCCAUCACUUGGUUCCACAAUGGCUCCCGCAUCGACAGCACCGACGACCGCAAGAUGAUGCAGUAUAAGGAUGUCCAUCGCCUGGUGUUCAGGGCCGUCAGCCAUGCUCAUGCUGGUGUCUAUAAAAGUGUCAUUGCCAACAAAGUGGGGAAGGCCACGUGCUAUGCACACCUCUACGUCACCGAUGUGGUGCCAACACCCCCAGAUGGGCCACCCACUGUGACCUCGGUGACAGGCAGAGCCAUCACGCUGACCUGGAACAAGCCCAAGUGGCUGGACACUGCCAUAGACCCCAACUCACUGACCUACGUAGUGCAAAUGCAAGUGCUGGGGACGACGCAGUGGCUGGUGCUGGUGGCUGGUGUGCGAGACACCACCUACACCGUGCAUGGACUGACCAAGGGUGCCCAGUACCUCUUCCGUGUCAUCACUGCCACCCCCAAGACCAACAGCAAGCCCUCCCCAUUUGUGGGGCCCGUGCAGCUCCUGGACCGGGGUCCCUAUCUGGAAGAGGCCCCAGUCAUUCUGGACAAGCCAGAUGUGGUGUACAUGGUGGAGGGUCAGCCAGCCUCCAUCACCAUCACCAUCAACCACGUGGAGGCCAUUGUCACCUGGAAGAGGGGCGGGCAGGCGCUGGGGGAGCAGGUGGGCGCAUACGAGGUGACGAUGCCAGAUGACGACCAGCACUGCCUGCAGCUGCUCUGUGUGGGCCAGGAGGCUGUGGGGCUGCUGGCCUGCGAGGUGAGCAACCGCCAUGGCACUGCCUGCUGCACCCUCCACCUCUGCCUUGCAGAGGCACCAUGCUUUGAGUCUAUCAUGGAAGACAUAGAUGCCAAAGAAGGGGAGACACCGCGCUUCGUAGUGGUGGUGGAGGGGAAACCGCUGCCAGGCAUUAUGUGGUACAAGGAUGGGGAGCUGCUGGAGGAGAGCAGCCACCUGAGCUUCGUGUAUGAGGACAAUGAGUGCUCGCUGGUAGUGCUGGGUGCUGCUGAGUCUGACAGUGGUGUGUACACCUGCACGGCCAAGAACCUGGCUGGGGAGGUCUCCUGCAAGGCAGAGUUGGUGGUGCGAGCAGCCCAUCCUACUGUUGAUGCUGCCAUGGAGGAAGAGGCACUGCACAAGGCACGACGCCUGACUGACUACUACGAUGUGCAUGAAGAGAUUGGGAGGGGAGCUUUCUCCUACCUGCGAAGGGUGACGGAGAAGAGCAGCCAGCUGGACUUUGCUGCCAAGUUCAUCCCUGGGAGGACCAAAGCCAAGCAGUCAGCACGGAGGGAGCUGCACAUCCUCUCACAGCUGGACCACGAGCGCAUUGUCUUCUUCCACGAUGCCUUUGAGAAGAAGAAUGCCAUCAUCAUGGUCAUGGAGCUCUGUGCCAAGGAAGAGCUGCUGGACAGGAUGGCAAGGAAGCCUUCGGUGUGUGAGUCUGAGGUCCGGUCUUACGUUCGGCAGGUCCUGGAGGGCAUCUGCUACCUGCACCAGCACAAAGUCCUGCACCUGGACAUUAAACCAGAAAACCUCCUCAUGGCGGAUUCGAACAGCGAGCAGGUCCGGAUCUGUGACUUUGGCAACGCGCAGGAGCUGACACCCGAGGAGCCACAGUACUGCAAGUAUGGCACCCCUGAGUUUGUGGGCCCUGAGAUCGUCAACCAGAGCCCCAUCUCCAGUGUCACUGACAUCUGGCCUGUGGGGGUUAUCACCUACCUCUGCCUGACAGGGAUCUCCCCUUUCGUGGGGGAGAAUGACAAGACAACACUAAUGAACAUCCGCAACUACAACGUGGCUUUUGAGGAGAGGAUGUUCCAGGGGCUCACUCGGGAAGCCAAGGGCUUUGUCAUCAAAGUGCUGGUCAACGACAAGCUGAGACCCACUGCAGAGCAGACCCUGGAGCAUCCUUGGUUCAAGACGCUGGCCAAGGGAAAGAUCAUCAGCACUGACCACCUGAAGCUCUUCCUUUCCCGUCGGAAAUGGCAGCGCUCGCAGAUCAGCUACAAGUGCAACAUGGUGCUGCGGCCGAUCCCGGAGCUGCUCGAGGACACAUCCAACCACCUCUCCAUCGCCGUGCCCCGGCACCUCAAGGAGUCCCCUGCGCUGUCGUCCUCCUCGGAUUCAGAUGACCUGGAUGAGCUGCCUUUCAUCCCCAUGCCACACCAGGUGGAGUUCUCUGGCUCCCGCAUGUCGCUCAAUGAGAUCCCCACAGACGAUGAGGCCAUUGGGCCAUCUGAGGGGUUACAGCUGGAAGGUGUCGCAACGGGGGACGUCUCCCCCAUGGAGUGGCAGAGUCAGGCCUCAGGGAAGCCCGGGGUGGCCCUAGGCAAGCGGCCGAGGGGUUCUGGGCUGCGGCAGCCGUGCACAGAGGCAGAGGCACCUGGCUCCUCCGAUGAAGAAGCCCCCGAAACCCAAAAGAGGCCAGAGUACCCUCGCAAAGCCAUGAGGAAGGGCUCCAGCCUGGAAUCCCCAGGGAGUGCCCGGCGGGGAGAGCUGAAGAGAGGCAGCUCAGCUGACAAUGCCCUGCUGGUCCGUCAGCCCCCAGGGACUGAUGAGGGGGCUGAGGCUGGCCGGGACCCCCGCCGGGUCCUGGCCAAGGCAGCUUCCAUGGAGCUGCCACGGCGGAAGGUGGUCUGGGGGGAGGAUGAUCACGCCCAGCGCCUGGAGCUGAUGCGCCAGCGGCUGCUGAGGGGCAGCUCUGGGGACAGCAAGGUCAGUGGCCUGCGGGGUCCCCUUCUGGAAACUCUGGGGGUCAGCUCUGACAAGAAGGUCUCACGGCCAACCCGGCUGGAGCCGCGGGCAUCGGCAGUGCCACAGCUUGUGCGGGCGGCUUCCAGUGAGGCCACUUCUCCGCGCCUCCUCCCCAGUGAGCGCCAGCUGCAGAAGAGCAGCUCCUUCAGCCAUGGGGACGCAGAGCCUGUUGUCCGACACCGCCGCUCCGGUGCACCCCUGGAGAUCCCAAUGGCCCACCUGGAGGCACAGCAGCUCAAGGAGUCCCCCUCGCUCUCAGCCCUCUCUGAUGCCCGGCCCCCUGUGUCACCAGACACCCCUGGCUUGCCAACACCCCCAGCAGUAGAGAUGGCCACAGCCCAGGUCCCUGCUGACAAGGCUGCCUUGGGGAGGAGGCACAUCCCUGAGGAGCAUGGCCAGCCCACAGCUAGUGUGGCUGCCACCACCACGGGAACUAAGCUCAAGGCCAGAAGUCAGGAGAAGACACCCAUCAAGGUGGCUGGAAUCAGUGGGGAAGGGGCUGCAAGGACAGGAGCACUUACCUCUCCACAGCCCCUGGCCCCCAGGACCCAAGGUCCCCAAACUUCUUCCUAUGCCAAGGUCAUGCAAGCCUUGGGUGCUGUGCCAGGUGAGGAACCAGCCACCGAGGAAACCCCCCAGCCCCCACCAGCUACCCCCACUGAGCCACCUCCAUCAGCACCAUCAUUGAGGAAGGAGACAAAGCCCACUGGCUCCUCCAGUUCCCUGGUCAUCCAGGACAUUGACUCAGAGGAGGUCUUUGAAGCCAAGUUCAAGCGGGGCCGGGAAUCAUCGCUCAGCCGAGGGCUGAAGCUCCUCACCCGCUCUCGCUCUGAGGACAGGCACCUGGCUGGGCCCCCCGCCCCUGAUGAGGGCAUCUACCGUCCCACACCAGUCGGUGUGCCCCUAGAGCUGCGCAGAGAUCGACCCACUGGGCUGGCAGCCAAGUCCAAGUCAGUGCAGGACCUGCACGAGGUGGAGAAGGACAGGGGCUUCCUGCGGAGGAUGUCUGUCCUCCUCAAGCGGACUCCACCUGCUGAGAGGAAGAAGAGCAGGGGGGAGGAUGGAAGUAGUGAGACCCUGUCUGGCGGUCGCCGCUUCUCCUGGAGCUUGGCCAUGGGCAGCUCCAAGGAGCGGAGGGACUCGGAGAGCCUCAAGUCAGAGCCGGGGGGUGUUGGGGAGAGGGAGUCGCCAGCAGUGGCUGUGCGGAGGAAGAUCAGCGCAACGGUGGAGAAGGUCUCGGCUCGGCUUCGCAGCCUGUCGGAUGAGCAGCUGGAGGGCGAGGGGCCCCCAGAGCUCCGCCGAGCCAGCUCUGAGGGGGAAAGCUUGAAGCCAGGGUCCCACCCGGCACCGGCACCCUCCUCCGAGUCCCUGCGCUCUGAGUCCAGCACUCGCUCCUCUGCCUCUGCCAAAGGUGGAGGUGACAGCCAGAAGCGGACCCGCUGGGAGCGCUGGGGGCUCUCACGGAGCAAGAAGGAGAAGGUGGCAUCACAGCCCAGCAUCCCCUCCAGCCUGCUGCGGGAAGAGGGAUCUGCUGCCGGCCGGCCGCACACGCACAGCGAGUCGGAUUUCCCCCCCAUUUUCCACAUCAAGCUAAAGGACCAGGUGCUGCUGGAGGGUGAGGCGCUGACCCUCUGCUGCCUGCCUGCUGGCAGCCCAACCCCCAGGAUUCUCUGGAUGAAAGACAAGAAGUCCCUGCAGCCAGACAGCGCGCUGAAUGUCAUCUCCUGCAAGGACGGCCGGCAGAUGCUCACCAUCACCAAGGUCUCCAGGAAGGACGCGGGGCUCUACGAGUGCGCAGCUGCCAACAUCCUGGGCACAGCCAUAAGCUCCUGCACGCUGGCUGUGGCACGGCUCCCUGGGCGGCCGGGCACCCCAGAGAUCCCCCAGAAGUACAAGAACACGGUGCUGGUGCUGUGGAAGCCUGCGGAGAGCAAAGCCCCCUGCACCUACACGCUGGAGCGCAGGCUGGAUGGGGAGCACGAGUGGAAGAUUGUCAGCACCGGCAUCACUGACUGCUACUUCAACGUGACGGAGCUGUCCCCUGGCAGUGCUGCCAAGUUCCGAGUGGCCUGUGUUAACAAGGCCGGGCAGGGGCCCUACAGCACCCCCUCAGCGAAGGUGCACCUUGAGGCAGCAGAUGCCCGAGCUGCCCCAGCCAAGGACAGUGCUGUCCCUGUCCCUGAGAAGGUGGCUUCCAGCCGGUCAACCCAAACACCCACGGGGCAGCUGGAGGCACCAGCCACAGGCAUCCCUCCCACCACACCACCCCGCAAGCACAAGGGAGGACAGAAGGCAGAUGGGAUGGCACAGACGGAUGCCCCCUCAGGGGUUUCCCAGCCCCCUACACCCCAAGAGGGAUUGGAGCGGCUGGAUUCUGAACUCCCACCCAACAUCACUGUCUGCAUGCCCCCUGAGCUGAUGUUCACUCCCCCUCGGACUGCUGCCUCACCCCACACAGACACCCCCACCCAGGGCUCUCCUGCACUCCCCACAGAUUCACCACCCCCACUCCAGGCUCCAUCUCCUUCCAAGUCGUCCCCCACUUCCCCAGUGUUGACCACCCCCAGCUCAGCCCCUGUGUUGCCUCUCGCCACCAACACCACACCUGCACGGAAGAUGCCCCCCUACAUGGUCACUUCCUUCGUCUCCAUGCCCCCUGCACCAACCCCUGUGCAGGACUCACCUGCUGCUGCCCCAUCCUCCAAGGAGCCCCAGGCUGAGAGUGGGGUCCCAGGGUCUAAAGACAGCAUGGCAUUGCGGCAAGGGGUCCCCCAGAAGCCAUACACCUUCCUGGAUGAGAAGGCAAGGGGCCGUUUUGGAGUGAUCCGGCUGUGCAAAGAGAACGCCACUGGGAAGCACUUCAUGGCCAAGAUUGUGCCCUAUGAGGCAGAGCGGAAGCAGAGUGUACUGCAGGAGUAUGAGAUCCUCAAGGCACUGCACCACGAGCGCAUCAUGGCCCUGCACGAGGCAUACAUCACCCCCCGGUACCUGGUACUCAUCUGUGAGAACUGCGCCGGCAAGGAGAUCCUCUACAGCAUCGUGGACAGGUUUCGCUACUCAGAGGACGAUGUGGUGAACUACGUGCUGCAGCUGCUGCAGGGCCUCGAGUACUUGCACGGCCGCCGCAUCGUGCACCUUGACAUCAAGCCAGACAACGUGCUCAUCUCGGGCAUGAACGCCCUCAAGAUCAUUGACUUUGGCAGCGCCCAGACCUACAACCCCCUCGUGCUGCGGCAGCUGGGGCGGCGUGUUGGCACCUUGGAGUACAUGUCACCGGAGGUGGUGAAGGGGGAUCCGGUGGGCUCCGCAGCAGAUGUCUGGGGUGUUGGCGUCCUCACCUACAUCAUGCUCAGCGGGCGGUCACCGUUCUUUGAACUGGAUCCCAUUGAGACAGAGAACCGCAUCCUGGCAGGGCGCUUUGAUGCAUUCAAGCUGUACCCCAACGUCUCACAGAGUGCUGCCCUCUUCAUCCGCAAGGUCCUUGCUGUCCACCCCUGGAGCCGUCCCACAGUGAAGGACUGCUUUGCCAAUGCCUGGCUCCAGGAUGCCUACCUGAUGAAGCUGCGUCGCCAGACUCUGACGUUCACCACCAAUCGCCUCAAGGAGUUCCUGGUGGACCACCAGCGGCGCCGUGGCGAGGCUGUCACCAAGCACAAGGUCUUACUCCGCUCCUACCAGGGCGGUCAGCCACCGGGGCCACAGUAACUGGUGCCUCGGCCACGGCUGUGAAGGGCCAAGGAGCCAGAGGAACAUUCCAGGGGCCGUGGGAUGGGGUGGCCAAGGAGUAACUAGGAUGAACCCACGGACCUCACACGCCUCCAUCAGGGGUACUGGUGGCUGGCACUAUUUUGGCAGUUCUGACAGAGGCAAGGUGCUGCCCCAGCCAGCCCAGCAGCAGGGUUUGGCAGCGGGCGAGCAGUAGGAAGCCUUGCUAUGGAGGGAAAGAGAAUGUGGCAGAGGGUCAGGAGAAGGAUGGGAUGGAGACAUGCAGACAGGGAGACAAGGAAAACUCUAGGUGGGAAUGGGAGAGACACCAGCACACUGGCCAGCGCUGGCCACAAGGAUUCCAUCAGCCGUGUGCCUUACGCUGCAUCCUGCAGCUGCCCCUGGCCACGACGCAGGGGUCCCUGUGCUCCCUCCAGUUUGUGUGCCGGUGCUCGAGGUCUGAGACUGCUCCAGCAGUUCCUGCAGAGAGGAGCCCACUUACAGUCCUGCCAUGGUCCCUGGCCAGCCAGCACAGCCCCGGUCCUCAUGGCUGGGAGCGGGGACCUCCAGACCACCCCCUCCACCCCCCACUUCUGCUUCUCCCAGCUCCAGUCCUGGCAAGCAGGUUUGUGGCCCCAGGACCAAUGCCAGUGCCUUGCUGGGGGCUGUUGGCUGUGCCCCAUGAUGGGGUGGGGGACUGGCUGGCACCCCUUCUUUGCAGGGGGGCACCCACGUGCCAUGCACACCUCCUGCACCUGCUCAGGCCCAUGCUGCUCGUGCUCUGCCUGUCCGGCUCUGGCCCUCACCCUGCACCCUGCUACCAGCCCACCUGCCCGUCCUCGGGUCCCCACACACAACCUUCCGUGUCACCUCCCACCUGACUCCUUGGUCCUGCUUUGCCAAGCCCCACAGCCCCUCCUUACCCCUCCUCUCUGGCAGCAAGGUGCCAGUGUGGCUGGGUGACCCGGGUAGGGGUCUGGGGCAGGAGUUGGGCACCUGCCUUCCAAGCUGCUGUAGCAAUAGGGCUUUAUUUAUUGACUGUGGGGGAAAGGCGUCUGCCUGUCCCCACCUGCGCCCCCGUCCGUGUCCUUGUCCCCUCCUCUCUGCCGGGCUCCGGAGUUGCCAACGUCCCUGUGCUUUGGAGCAAGCAAUGUGCCAGAGCAGCAAUAAAGAACCUGAGCAGCA